UUUCCUGCUGGUGCCGUGCCAAAGGAUGGACCAUCGGCAGGAGUUACUUUGGUGACAUCGCUUGUUUCACUAUUCAGUCAAAGGAAAGUUAGAGCAGACACUGCAAUGACCGGAGAAAUGACUCUGAGGGGCCUUGUAUUACCAGUUGGUGGCAUCAAGGAUAAGGUAUUGGCAGCUCAUCGUUAUGGCAUCAAGAGAGUAAUCUUGCCGGAACGGAAUUUGAAGGACCUAACUGAAGUCCCAUCGGCCAUUCUAUCUGGCAUGGAGAUUUUGCUUGUGAAGCGUAUUGAGGAAGUACUGGAACACGCAUUUGAAGGUGGAUGCCCCUGGAGGAAACAUGCUAAGUUAUAGCAUUCUCCAGUGUUCUCCAUUCGUGGAGUAAAUAUUGAUGGAACUGCCGUUUUCGACCAGAUUUAGGGCAUCCUGAUUGACAAUGGCAGAUGCGAUCGUAUCAGCACGCAUCCAACAUGCGGAACCGAGCCAUUGGAUAAGAUAUCUACAGAAAAUAUAAAAUAUGGGCUCAGUAUUAGCCAGUGUAAUGUCCUCGAAAGAUUGACCUGAAUGAGUUAUAUAAUCCCCGCUUUAGAGCAUUAGCCGUUUCUAGCCGAUCCUAUAAUUAUAUUUGGGAUCAAAGGUUUAGUUAUCGUUGUUAUUGCUGCCGCUGCUGCCACAGAGCAUGUAGCUAUCGUUGUGCUACGAACUCCCGAUUUGGCUCAGCAGCUUGUGUAAGGCUAGUCUCUCUGAUUCUGUAUUAUGUAUAAUUUCAAACUGGAAGCGAAAGUCUUAAAUUGUCUCAAAAACAUUGAUGCGUAUGCCAUUGUGGGAUAGGAGCGGUAGUCUCAAACAAAUGAGGCUAACUUUCCCUUGCUCUGUUUCAAUCUUC